AUGGAAGCCAAUAAUGGCAAUGUAACAGCAACCACGGUGGCCGGAAAAGAAAGCGUCGGCGGAGCAGGAGUACCGUUCCGGUGGAACCCAACAAAAGAGCAAAUAAACAUGUUGGAAAAUUUGUAUAAACAAGGAGUAAGAACACCAAGUGCUGAACAGAUUCAAGAAAUUACAACAAGGUUACAAACUUUUGGACACAUUGAAGGCAAAAAUGUGUUUUAUUGGUUUCAAAAUCAUAAGGCAAGGCAAAGACAAAAGCAAAAACAAGACCAUCAUUUGUCGACUAAUUACUUUCAUCAAUAUUUGCAUCAACGACAACCCCCAACAACUAUCUUUCCCAUACCUCAUCAUCAUCAUCAUCCAAAUGUUUUAUAUGGUCCAUAUUGCUACAUGCCACAAAAUGACUUAGGGUUCUACACACACUACCCAAAGGUGCUACUACCAAAUACCACCACCAUCAAGAGAUCAAGAUCACACCGGAAUUCCAAACCUAAGCAGUCUGGCGGUGCUGGAGCCUUUAUCGGAGGUAAUAAUAAUCCGGUUAAGUCAAAGGUGGUCAACGAGAGAAAUUACACUACUCAUCAAGAAACUUUGGAUCUUUUUCCACUCCAUCCAACCGGUAUUUUGGAACAAAAAGAGGUGACUUCAAUUGAUAUCGAUGUUAGUCCUUGCUCUUUGACUUCAUCGAGCUCUAUCGGUCAUUCUCGAGACCAACUCUAUUUUAAUUUUUUCUCUAGCUAG